CAGUUUUCGGACGUUCCUGGGGGUCGCUCAAGGAGCCAAGGGGCCGCAUGGACCAAGUCUACCUCCCGAGACCCUGAGCGCCCUAAGGCCGUUGCUUCUCCCUAUCUCCGGCUUUCUAUCUCGCUGUCGUCGACCUUGUCCCCCCCACUUGCCACUCGAAAAAACAACUUCUUCUAGUCACAGAUCCAAAGGAAAUGAAUUACUUUUUAUUAAUAAAUCAACAUUGAAUCAUAUCACAGUAUCUAUUUUUGAAUUUGUGUCAAGACACAGGACAGACCAGAGAGCAUCAAGAAGUUGACAGAUAUCACUCAGAACUUGAAAGGAAAGAUACAGAAGCUGGCUGUCUUUGAAGAUGAAGCAUAUUAACGGCAACUCAGCCUCUGCUGGAACACUAUUAUCUUAUGGAGAAUACAGUUUGGGAACUGCUGUUGCAGGACAUCCAAGAGGAAAUGUCUGAAGGCAAUUGGGUAUGUGGAUAGCGUGGAGCUCAAAGCAAGAUUUGAACUGGAGAAUUCUGCCACAGGGUGGCACUGUUCUGAAGAGCUGCAUGGCCCGGUGGCAGCCUGACACUGAAGGGGGACCCCACCAGGAGGCAGACAUUCCUUCACUGGCUUACCCAGCCCGGUAGAACACCGCACUCUGGCCUGGUGAAAGAGCCAGGACUUCAGAAGUUGCUAGCUGGUGGUACCUCCCCAGCGACUGAUGACGUUAAACCCUAUACUUCUGUGAUUGGUUUAGCCAAAAUGACAAGAACAACUAUUGGGAGUGAGCUGACAGAGCAUGAUCUAAGACUACCCCUUGGGGAAGGAUUUCGGACCUGGGUCACUGGGUUGGUAGCUGCAAACCCAGUGUGUGGUGCGAAGAUAUGGAUCAUGAGCAGAACCAGGGGGCUGCACUGCUACGGCUGCUACAACUUCUGUGGCUUCUGCCCCACUCCUGGGCCAUCCCCCAAGCUCCCACUCCAGUGUGGCGGGACGACCUGCAAAACCACACGUUCCUGCACACAGUAUACUGCCAGGAUGGGAAUCCCAGCCUGGGCCUCUCUGAGGCCUACGAUGAGGACCAGCUUUUCUCCUUCAACUUCUCCCUCAACGCCCGAGUGCCUCGCCUGCCUGAAUUUGCCUACUGGGCUCAGGAGCAGGGAGAUGCCUCCGCUAUUGCCUUUGACAAGGAGUUCUGCCAGGAGAUGAUCCAGAAACUAAGCCCCCACCUCGACGGGCAAAUCCCAGUGGCCAGAGGGUUCCCUCUUGCCGAGGUGUUCACGCUGAAGCCCCUGGAGUUUGGCAAGCCCAACACGCUGGUCUGUUUUGUCAGUAAUCUCUUCCCACCCACACUGACAGUGAACUGGCAGCAUCACUCAGCCCCUGUGGAAGGAGAGGGGCCCACUUACGUCUCAGCUGUCGAUGGACUCAGCUUCCAGGCCUUUUCUUACUUAAACUUCACACCUGAACCCUCUGACCUUUUCUCCUGCAUCGUGACUCAUGAGAUUGACAGAUACACUGCCAUUGCCUAUUGGGUGCCCCAGAACGCUCUGCCCUCAGAUAUUCUGGAGAAUGUGCUGUGUGGCAUCGCCUUUGGCCUGGGGGUACUGGGCAUCAUUGCAGGCACCGUCCUCAUCAUCUACUUCCGAAAGCCUUGCUCAGGUGAUUGAUUCUUCCUAACCAGAGCCUGACUGCCGACAGCCUCAGCCAUCCAAGGUGGGGACUCACGUUUCCUACAUCCGGCCCCGGAUCUCACCUUCUUGGAGCAGAAGUCCCUGGGACUCCCCCUGGGUGGUGUGUGUGUGUGUGUGGAAGCGGGGGGCGGGGGGGGGGCUCUGCUGUCUCUGGGCCAAGCAUCCAGGAGAGCCCAGAAUACCCUGCCUAU